GCCAGAGGUGGAGACCGGUCAUGGCAACAUUCCACCUCUAGCCUUGGGUGGAGAAGGACCACAGAACUGAGUGUCUGCUCCGCCCGCGUGUGGCUCAUCUUUCCUCGCCUCCUCUUUCUCCUCCGUCGCUUCCUUGAAAAGAUGAAGUCGCUCCUGGUCCUGGCUGCCACCAUGACCCUGUUGAUGGCCUUUGCUGAUGGAAGACAUGGACACGGCGGUGGACACGGGGGCGGACACGGUGGCGGACAUGGCGGACACGGCGGCGGACAUGGCGGACACGGCGGCGGACAUGGCGGACAUGGCGGACACGGGGGCGGACAUGGUGGCUCUGGCGGCGGACACGGACAUGGUGGCUCUGGCGGCGGACACGGACAUGGUGGCUCUGGCGGCGGACACGGACACGGUGGCUCUGGCGGUGGACACGGACAUGGUGGCUCUGGCGGCGGACACGGACAUGGUGGCUUUGGCGGCGGACACGGGCAUGUUGGCUUUGGCGGCGGACACGGACACGGUGGCUUUGGCGGCGGACACGGACAUGUUGGCUUUGGCGGCGGACACGGACACGGUGGCUUUAGCGGCGGACACGGACAUGUUGGCUUUGGCGGUGGUGGCUUUGCACAUAGCGGCUUCGGACAUGGCGGUUUGGGAUAUGGCGGCGGCGGUCUUGCGCACAGUGGCCGCGGUGGAUCCCCCUUUCGCGGCGGGCACGUGAACCGCUUCUCGGGCUACCCACAAAACCGGCGCCCCGACAGUGAGAAGCGCCGACGGCUUUUCUAUACACUCCAUGGUCCCCCAGUCUUCAAUUUCCUCGGCUGAACUAUGAAUGGGUGAGUGAGUGAGUAUGUGUGUGAGUGGAUGAGUGCGUGUGUGUGUGUGUGGAAGUGGAAAGCGUAACUCCGUUUGAACUGUGAGUGGAGAAGUGAGUGAGUGAGUGAUCUAUCCAUCUUCGUAUUUCUAUGCUUCAUCUUCCUUCUAUGUAUUCAGCUCCACCUCUGCUCCUCCUCCUCCUCCUCCUCCUUUUCCAGAAUAACUCAGAAGGAUGAAUCGCCAGUUACUAUUUAUCUUUUUUUUAAGUAUUUUUCAUUUAAAUAUUUGUCCUUUUAUAUCUUUUUCUCUUGCCAUGACAUAAAAGGUUCAGAUAAAAAGAAAUGAAUUGGAGUAAAAUUAGUUAAAUGUACUUCCACGCACUACGAAUAAAAGUGAGA